GAUGGACUCAUAUGUACACUUUGGGUGUUCAUUUAACACUGGGCAUUUUGCUAUGUAAGGGAAACUGGGGUACAUUAACAGUCAGAUGACAGCAUUAUACAUCCCACCUUCCUGCUCUUCCAGGAUCUCUGAUGGUCCCAUACAAAAGCAUCAUAUAUGGUGGAGUACAGCCUGGAAAAUGCAUUGUCAUCCAGGGAGUCAUCAAUCCCCAAGCAAAAAGUCAACAGAGUAGGGUUUAGUCUACGACACAGAACUGGAAUUGCGUUUGACUACAGUCCUCGUUUUGAUGAGAAUGUGGUUGUUUGCAACUGUUACGAGAAUGGGAAGUGGGGCGAGGAGGAACGGUCUGGACAGAUGCCUUUUGAGAGAGGGCAAAAUUUUCUGGUCACCAUUUGUUGCUGUCCUGAUAAUUACGAGGUGUUUGUCAGUGGUAAAAAAACUCACACUUUCAGCCGUCGCUACAACAACAUGGAAGAGAUUGAUGUUUUGGAAGUUAGUGGAGAUGUGCAGCUGACCUUUGUGCAGCCCUGACAAAGAUUUCAUCCAGGUUCAAGAGAAACAGCAUUGUGUGCUCAUAUGCAAAUAUAUUUUGCUUGCAUGCAUAAUAUUCUGAUGCUGUGUGAUUAUCCACCAUU